UGUAGUAGACAUUGUUGCUCAAUCAGUAGGUCAGCUGGCGGCGAAUGCUAGCGAAUUGGUUGGUAAGCCACAAUGAUAGCAAAGGCAAGAACGGCAGGUCAAAAUUAGAAAAGUAUUGGCACGGGCCGUGGUAAGCUUCGACCGGUCUAGGCAUUGCUCGAAAAUGUUCGAUUGCUACUUUCAUUAUUGUUGUGUUUCUCAUUUUUCACGACAGUUAUGAACAAGAUUACUUGGUGGAAUCCUCUGCGUUUGGCGUCAGUAUAACAAAGGAGCUCAGGAACUGGCAACCGCUGCUGUCCAUCCAGGACACGUUGCCAAUUGCUGAUUCCUUCAAAGUGAAUUUUGCUGCCGUACCGCUUGUAAUUUUCUAGUAGCGCCUGAAACAGGCGCAGCUUUUUCACUUUUAGCUAUACAAUCGCUCCUUAUUCACUAGCUGUCAGAAUUCGCGGCGCAAGCGCACAACCGUAAACGGGAAGGAGAACGUAAAAUCUUGAGUCUGCGUGUACUGUAAGUGAGCAGAUUUUGGAAAAAGUGCGUACGCUUCACUGUCAUCACAGUCAAGCAACGCCAUUCAGUUAUCUAAAGGGCUAAUAUUUCUAGUUGACAAAAAUGACCUCUUCCGCCGACUCGGAGCAGGGGAAACGCACUGUCGAAGUAAAGUCGAAAGGAUUUCUCACCAAAAACCUCGCUUUCUUUAGAAUGAUGCUUGCGCUAACAUCCAUGUUAGUAAGUGCUGCUUUGGGAGGAAUACUUGUGUGGCAUCCAUUAUCCGAUAAAUUCCUUGACGAUUUUCGAACGAAAUGGAAGACAAUAUUUUGGUUUUACAGCGCAGCUUCACUAGCAGUACUUAUCACAUCAUUCUGCCUCGAGAUACUUAGAAAAAGGUCAAGAGUCACUUGUGGAAUUAUCAUUGCGGAUCUGCUAAUGGUUAUCCUUAGUGUGUACAUUGCACAUGUCGCGUCUGCUGACUCAGGAAUGUUGAGAGGUGAUACAAAUGAUAAUGAGGAGCGGCCUAAAGUAUUUCUAAUCGCUAUAAGUUGCUUAUUUUCUGGCCUUUUCGUUCUUGAGUUGGUACUGCUCCUACUAAUGUUCUUCUAUCAUCGAGCAAUGUUCAAUAAGAGUCGGUCCGAUGUAGUCGCGUCUGCCGGUAGGGACCAGAACGCAAGAAAACACUUGCAGGAUGAAAUUCAGAAAUUCAUCUCAAAAUCGAAUGAGCAGAAUUCCGAUCAAGUAUUGCAGCACAAGGACUUUACUCGUGAUAAAGUUGCACCAGGUAUUGCACAUGAGGAAUGUCUUGCAAAAGACACCUGUGAAGACGAGAUGAAUUGCUCUGCGCGGCCUCUUCUACCACCAAAUAAUCUUGUCGUGAACCAAAUUUAUGAAACAUCAAAUCCACCUAAAUCAUUGCACAAGCUCAAAGAGGUUCCUCCGCCGUCGCGACCUGUGACAACAGAAGCUGGCGAAACCAUUCUUCCAAAUCAAAAGAAAAAAAAUUUUUCUUCAGAAGACUUUAUUGGAGCGGGCGAACGGAUUCCUCCUUCUCCAUUACCGCUCGCAAUGCUACCGACCCCAUCACUGGUCGAUGAUUCCUCAGCUCGAGAUCAGGUCGUCACCGGCUCUGAAAGACCGUUACGACACUUCCAACCUGCAAACGAUAGAAACACAGAUGUUCUUUCAACGAACUCCGAAGCUCCAUUAGGAUCUGAAAGCGCUGGUGUUAGUAAAGAAAGGACCACCCCUAAACUUCAACGCCAACCAUCUUUCAAGCGUUUUGAGCUGAAACCUUCCUUGUGGAGAAGGUCAUCAACGGCCAGCACGAAUCCUCAUUUUCCACCCUACGAGGGCACAAGAUUCGAGUACUAUAAUCCGGAUCAAGGAACCUUUGCCCUACCAAUAGCCCAAUUUGACGACGUAUUUUAAUACGCCAAAGAAAUGGUUCAAUGAAUUACAAACCUAUCAAAUCUACGGGUUUUAAAACCAUUCAUUCAGAACUGAUAUAUGCGUAUUGAUAUAGCUAGUAUAAAAUUCAGUUGUACAAAAAUUAUGUUAUGGAUGUAAAACACAUGGUGAACUUAUAUGUAAAUUGAAGAGAAAUCUAAUAGAAUUAUGUUUUUACUCAAUUCAAUUUAAAGGUGUAAAUAAUAAAAGAAUACAUAAACCAUGCUAAAAA